AUGUAAAAUAGAAUUUUUGAAGGAGAAAUGAGUAAAUACUAAGAAAAUAAAAAUCUCUAAAUAUAAGGAGGAUAAGCCUCUAUAUAUUUUGCGAUCGAUUUAAAAAAUUAGUAGCAGGUAAUUAUUAAGGAAUACUUUAAGGAUUCAAAUUUUUAAGUAGAUUAUGCAGUCUUAAAAAAGAUUUAAGAUAAAUAUUCUGAAAACUUAGGAUAAUUAGAAAAUUUAGUCAAAAUUUAUGACUUAAUUGGUGAAAAGGAAAAAAUAAAAUUCAUAGUAAUUGAGUACUGUAAUGAAGGAGAUCUCUAUAAUUAUCUCUUUAAAAAAUAACAAGAAGUUUAGACUUUGGAAUAAGCAAUAAAAGUUAUAGAUAUUGUAAUUUAAAUUACUAAAGGCAUGAUGAUAUUAAAAGAACUAAACCUAGCGCAUAGAGAUUUAAAACCUGAAUAUUGA